AUGAAACUGUUCCUCGCAGUAGUGUGCUUGGCUGUCGCCGCAUCCGCGGUGGAGAUUGGAGUUCCAGAGAACCCAGUCUUCGGCUACCACAAAAACUUUGGUAUUGCUGAAGCUGCCAGGAUCAAGAAAGCUGAGGAAGAAACCAGCCCCAGCGCGCAGAGGAUCGUCGGAGGAUCUGUUACUGACAUUUCCAGCGUCCCUUACCAGGCUGGUCUCGUGAUCCAAGUUUUCAUCAUCUUCCAAUCCGUGUGCGGUGGUUCCAUCAUCUCCCACAACCGUAUAGUGACCGCUGCUCACUGCAACUGGGACGGUUCCGUCACCGCUAACUCCUUCACCGUUGUGCUUGGAUCCAACUUCCUCUUCUCCGGCGGUGUCCGUAUCCAGACCAGAGAUGUUGUCAUGCACCCCAACUGGACCCCAUCCACUGCUGCCAACGACAUUGCUAUCCUCCGCAUUAGCUCUGUUUCUUUCACCAAUGUAAUCCAGCCCAUCGCCCUGCCCAGUGGCAACGAGGUCUCCAACGACUUCGUCAACUGGAACGCUAUUGCUUCCGGAUUCGGUCUUACCGCUGAUGGUGCCAACAUCGGUUCAAACCAACGUGUCAGCUCUGUGGUACUCCCCGUAAUCACCAACGCCCAGUGCAGCAGUGUCUACGGCCCAUGGGUGCACAACACCAACAUUUGCACCAGCGGAGCUGGAGGCAGAGGUACCUGCAGCGGAGACUCUGGCGGCCCUCUCGCCGUUGACAGCAACAACAGGAGAGUCUUGAUCGGAGUAACUUCCUUCGGUGCCGCGGACGGUUGCCAGAUUGGUCUGCCCGCUGCCUUCGCCAGAGUUACCUCAUACGUCGGCUGGCUGCAGUCCCAGUAA